AUGCUAAGGUUGUUCAGAAACUAUGCCAAAGUAGCAAACGGUUUGGCUUCUUUGAACUCAGUGCCCAUCAAAAAGACCAGAGAUAUUGGUAUUAUCGCCCAUAUUGAUGCUGGGAAGACAACCACAACCGAAAGGAUGCUCUUCUUUAGUGGUCAAACCAAGAAAAUAGGUAAUGUCGAUGAAGGUGAUACUGUAACCGAUUAUCUUCAAAGUGAAAGAGAAAGAGGAAUAACCAUUCAACUGGCAGCUAUUACCAUUCCUUGGAAUAACAAUAAGAUCAAUAUCAUCGAUACUCCUGGCCAUGCAGAUUUUACUUUUGAAGUCAUCAGAUCUUUGAGAGUUCUAGAUGGUGCUGUGACAAUUUUUGAUAGUGUUGAAGGGGUUGAAGCACAAACUGAGAAGGUAUGGAAACAAGCUCAAGAACUUCAUCUUCCAAAGAUAUCUUUCAUCAAUAAAAUGGAUAGAGAUGGGUCCAACUUCAAUAAAACAGUCAAGGAAAUCAUCGAAAAACUUCAAACCAGAGUGGUGAUAUGUAAUUUGCCAUACUUUGAAGUUGUGAACAAUCUCCCCAAAUUCAAAGGUGUGGUUGAUGUUAUCAAUAAGAAGGUGUUGGUAUGGGAUUUAGAAGCUGAUGCUAAUGGUAAUAAAGUUGAGAUACUUGAACCUUCUGAUGAGAUUAAUGAAAUUAUUCUGAAUUCAAGAGAAUCAAUGAUUGAAACUUUAGGGGAAUUUGACGAUAGCAUAAUCGAUGCAUUCCUUGAAAAUGAUGAAAAUUACUUGGAAAUUCCAUCGGCGAUAAUUAACGAGUCUAUCAGACGUAACUGUAUUGAGAAUAAUAUUUCGCCGGUUUUUUGCGGUUCGGCAUUCAAGAAUAUUGGGAUUCAACCUUUGAUGGAUGCAAUCACUAACUACUUACCGUCACCAACCGAAAUCAAUAUUCCUGAAAUAACUUCCACUAAAAGAGUUAAGAAGAAGGUUCAUGAAAAAGUCCAAGUACCUAUUAAGCUUGAUACCAACAAAGGUAUUCUUAUCAAUAAUGAUGAUAAUUUGACCGUAGCUUUGGCUUUUAAAGUUAUUACUGACCCUAUUAGAGGUGUCAUGACCUUCUUCCGUGUAUACAGUGGGAAAUUGACCGCUAACAAACCUUUCAUUAACACCCGUACAGGAGAAAAGUAUGUUUUGAGAAAUCUUCUUUUGAUGCAUGGAGAUGAACCAUUACCUGUUCAACUGAUCUCUUCAGGUAAUAUCGGGGUCAUAGCUAGUAAUGAAGACAUUGUUACGGGGGAUACUUUAGUAUCUCAUGGAGCUUUAAAUAAGAACUUUAGUGACCUUGAAAAGAAUUUGAAAUUAUUACCUAUUGAGAUUCCACCUCCGUUAUUUAACACUUCUAUUCAACCUUUGACUGCUGGUGAUGAGAGAUAUAUGAAUGAAUGUAUUCAAUCACUCCUCAAAGAGGAUCCAUCAUUGAAAGUCAUGUAUGAUGAAGAUUUGGGUCAAACGAUUUUGAGUGGGAUGGGUGAAUUACAUUUGGAGAUUGUUAAAGAUAGAUUGAUCAGAGAUAUGAAAGCUAAAAUCACUUUCAACGACAUUGUGGUUUCUUAUAAAGAGACAUUGACCAAUCCUAUCAAUAAAGCCAUCAAAUCAAUCGAUGAAGAUUCAAAUUAUUCGAUUGAGAUUGAAGUUGAUAGUUUUGAAAGUGAUGCCAAAGAAAGUUCCUUUGCUUCUGAAGACGGUAGCGAGUUAUUAGAAUAUGAUAAUAAUGUCAUUAUACUUCCAUUAUCAGCAUCUCCAGCUGAUGUUAUAGAAGACUUUAAUAAUAAGAGAUGGAAAUCACAGUUCUCAAUUGAUGAAAUAUAUGAUAAUAUCGUUCAAGGUUUAACUGUUGGAUUAUCCAUUGGUGGGAAGUUAUACGGAUUACCCUUACAUUCUAUGGCCAUUAGAGUAAAAUCUUGGAAUGCACCUAUUGCUGAUAAAACUUUCAAUCCUUCUAGAUUACUUGAUUUAUCAAGGAAAGUCUUCAUUAAAGCCAUUGAAUCCAUUCCCCCCGACAACUUUACUAUUCUAGAACCUAUCAUGGAAACCAAAAUUUAUAUCUCGUCAGAUAAACUCGGUGAGGUGACUCAUGAUUUGACGUCAAGAUGUAAUGCUACCAUCAUAUCCAUUCAAGAUGAAACCAACGAGAAUCUUGAACUCAUCAAUUGGGCUCUUCAAGAGUCAAGUAAAAUUUAUUUACCUCCAGACACUAAUCUCCCCGUCACUUCUAAUACCGACAGUAUCAAGAAUAAGAAAGUAGUAGUUGCUCAUACUCCAUUAAGAGAAAUGAUUGGAUAUUUGAAUAGAUUGAGAUCAAUGACUAAAGGAAGGAGUACUUUCGAUAUGGAAUACUUAGGAAUGCAAAGAGCUAAUCAUUCUCGACUUUCCAUCAUCUCCAAAGGGUUCUAA